UUGGCUCCCGCAGCACUGCUAAGAGUUCCAUUUGCCUUAUUUCAAAAGAAUUUAGGGUGCGGCUCAAUUAUUAUUCAACUCGCUGGUAAUAGAAAACAACAGUCAGCCAUUUUCCCCGACUCUAAAAAAGAAACCAUGAAGAAAAAGCAGGAGGCAUCCAAAGCGUCAAGAAAGCCCAAAACACCCAGAGCACACAAAGCACACAAAACACCCAAAGCACCCAAUGAACCCAGUGCACCCAGUGAACCUAGUGAACCCAAUGAAUCCAAAGAACCCAGUGAACUCAGUGAACUCAGUGCACCCAUUGCACCAACCAGUCGUGAGGAUGUCCCAAUGAGGCUUAUUUGGAUUUCAAUGGCUGCCUGCUUAAUUAGUGUACAAUAUGGAUACAAUAUGUGGUUACUCUACACCCCUUUUGUGCUCCUACAUGACUUGUUCAACAUAACAACCUUUGAAGAGAUGGAAGAUCCAGGUUCUCAGAUGUAUAUUGUGGCUAUCACCAUUGCUUUAUUUCCACUUGGAGCCAUUUUUGGGACCAUUCCUAUUGGUUUUCUGGCCAAUAGAUUUGGCAGGAGAGGAGCUAUGAAGAUAACGACCUUUUUGAGUCUGAUCCCUCCUGUCCUAUUGGCUGUUGGUGAUACCGUAGAUAUCCAUGAAUUCACAAUUGCUGUACGUUUCUACACUGGGAUAUGCACAGGACUAAUCUCCGUUGUUGUUCCUCUGUAUCUUGGAGAGAUCGCCCCUGGAAGCGCGAGGGCAGCUAUCGUCAUGAUGCCCCAGCUAUUUUAUGCUUUGGGCAUCUUUGCGGGUCAGCUAAUUGUUUUUGAAGAAUUAUUUAAGAUGCGAGAAGGUUACGUGAUUGUGAUGGGCAUUUCUGGGGUCAUGCCAAUUUUUCAGAUCAUACUACUACCCUUCUUUCCUGAAAGUCCGAGGUAUCUGCUCAUUCAGAGGAAGAACGCAGAGAGUGCAAGGGAAGAACUGAAGGUUCUGAGAGGCAAGGAUGAUGUGGAGAAUGAAAUAGACGAACUCCGUCAGGAGGACCUCUUUGAGAAAGCAGAAAAGAACAUGACUGCUGUUAAACUGCUGUCAUCCCCAAACCUGAGAUUUCAGGUCAUCACCACAGUUCUCUUGACAAGUGGUGCACAGCUUGAUGGCAUUGGUGCGGUGUACUAUUAUGUAGAUUUAAUCUGGAUGUCUGUGGGGGUGCAAGAAAAAAUGCUCCGGUACCUUCGUAUGGUAUUAAUUGCUGCUGGCUCAAUCGCACUCUUGAUCACGAUGUAUCUCGCUGAUUCUAAGGGACAUAGGUAUCUGCUUCUGAUUGGCUUUGCGAUGUGCAGCAUCGUCUGUGUUCUGUUAACCUUGGCCCUGGAACUGGAGGACACCAUCGACGAGAUGGCGUAUGUCAGCCUAUUUUUAGUGCAAGUAUUUGUCAUAGCACACUCCAUUGGACCAGGUCCACUUCCAAAUGUAAUUGUGGUGGCAAUGUUCCUUCAGUCGUCACGGGCCUCAGCCUUUGUGAUUGCGGGAUUUGUGCAGUGGUUCACACACUUUCUUAUGAUGAUGGUGUUCCUUCAGAUUGUGGUAAAAAUCGGGACCUACAGCUUCCUUAUGUUCUUGCCUUUCUGUGGAGGCCUGUUUUUUUUCCUCUUCAAGAAUUUCCCAGAAACCAAGAAUAGGACCUUUGUGGAUAUUAGAAGAAUCAUAGCAGUCCAGAAGCUUAGGAAGUCCAACCUUAUGAAACUGACAGAAAAGUAGAAACUUGGGAAGCACCCCAAGCAUUUUAUUUAUUAAAUUGUGUUUAAUAAUGA